ACGAUUCGGCAUAUUUUUCAAGUACGGGCGUAAUCACUUAGAUCUCGAGUAUAAAAGCCCAACAAGUUUGACGCAGCUUCAUUUUUGUUCACGUAUAUAUCCACAUCAAUCCUACUUUAACCCAGUACCAGAGAGCUCGUGUGUAUUUUUACAGUUGCAGCAAAAAUGUCGGAACAUCAUUUCAGAACAGGAGAGACUUUGCCACCCCUUAAACCAGGGGUUCUUCGUCUCUACACUAUGGCAUUCUGUCCUUUCGCUGAGAGGACGAGAUUGGUCCUAGCAGCAAAGGGUAUUGACUAUGAGUUAGUGAAUGUGAACACAUUCCAGAAGCCAGAGUGGUACUUCGACAAGAACCCAGAUGGCGUGGUCCCAACUCUGGAACAGGAUGACAAACUGAUCCAGGAAUCCAUUGUCACCUGUGAGUAUCUAGACGAGCUUUACCCCGACACUGCUCCAAUGUUCCCAUCGGAUCCGUACCUCAGAAGCAGGGAUAAACUUUUCAUUCAGAGAUUUGGAAAGUACAUUUCAGCUUUCUAUCAGUCGGCUAAACAAAAGGGAGCAAACGAGGAGCUUAGGUCUGCUGCCCUCAAGCAGGUUGAAUGGGUGGAACAAGAGCUCAAGAAAAGGGGAACACCCUUCUUCUCUGGAUUAUCACCCGGUAUGGUUGACUUUUCAAUCUGGCCGUUCAUCUACCGCAUCCCGUCCUCGAGAAGUCUUGGUGAUGGCGGUUUAGACUCCUUUGUUUUGUUGAAGCAGUGGAUGGAUCGAAUGCGUCAAGAUGAGAUCAUCGCUCCUAGGAUUGUAGAAGACGAAGCUCUGAUUGAAUUCAGCACUCAUUAUCGCACGCCAGGGAGUAGAUUUGAUGAGAUUCAAACCAAAGCUGUCAAGUAAUGUUCAUCUCUAAGAAUGAACAAUUAGGUUGGUCUUCACGUGAAGUUGAGGGUGUGAUCUUGCCUAGCAACUUAACCCGUUGACUCCUAAAUUCUCUCAUU